GAGUCGCCUCAGAGUUCAGUUUGACAGAUAGUAAACGUCGGGACCGUUUUAGAAAAAUCGCCUUUUGUUUUUUUGUUGUUGUUGUUGGUAACUUCUUGACUGAACCAUCUAUAUUUUGCUCUUUUAAUAGAAUGAGAAAGAAUUAUGGUGGUGAAUUCAGUGCACUGGUUUCGCAAAUGUCUUCGUUUACACGACAAUCCGGCGUUGCAAGAGGCCCUGAAUGGAGCUAAUACAGUGCGUUGUGUUUAUAUCCUGGACCCGUGGUUUGCUGGCGCCGCCAACGUUGGCAUCAACCGAUGGAGGUUUUUGCUGGAGGCACUAGAGGACUUGGACUGCAGUUUGAAGAAGCUCAACUCCAGAUUGUUUGUCGUCAGAGGGCAGCCUGCAGAGGUUUUUCCAAGACUUUUUAAGGAAUGGAAAAUGACGAGGUUAACUUUUGAGUAUGACCCUGAGCCGUAUGGGAAGGAGAGGGACAGCGCCAUUAUCAAGAUGGCCCAAGAGUUUGGAGUGGAGACUAUUGUCAGAAACUCUCAUACACUCUACAACUUAGACAGGAUAAUAGAGAUGAACAACAACAGCCCUCCACUGACCUUUAAACGCUUUCAGACCAUUGUGAGCAGGCUGGAGUUGCCCAGGAGACCGCUGCCUUCCAUCAACCAAAAGCAGAUGGACAAAUGCCACACUAAAAUAACAGACAACCACGACCAGAUUUACAGUAUACCUUCAUUGGAAGAAUUGGGUUUCAGGACCGAAGGUUUGCCUCCAGCAGUGUGGCGUGGAGGAGAGUCCGAAGCCUUGGACAGACUCAGCAAACAUUUGGACAAAAAGGUGUGGGUGGCUAACCUGGAGCAUCCUCGGGGGAACAUGUGCUCUCUGUAUGCCAGUCCGACCGGACUGAGUCCGUAUUUGCGCUUUGGUUGCCUGUCCUGUCGGGUCCUCUACUACAACCUCCGAGAGCUCUAUAUGAAGCUCCGGAAGCGUUGCAGUCCUCCUCUGUCCCUUUUUGGUCAACUGUUAUGGAGGGAAUUCUUCUACACUGCUGCCACCAACAACCCAAACUUUGACCGUAUGGAUGGAAACCCAAUUUGCGUUCAGAUUCCAUGGGAUCAAAAUCCAGAAGCAUUAGCCAAAUGGGCUGAGGGCCGGACUGGAUACCCCUGGAUUGACGCCAUUAUGACCCAGCUCAGAGAGGAGGGCUGGAUCCACCACUUGGCUCGGCACGCUGUGGCUUGUUUUCUCACCAGGGGUGACCUGUGGAUCAGCUGGGAGAGCGGCAUGAAGGUGUUUGAGGAGCUGCUGCUGGAUGCGGACUGGAGUGUAAAUGCUGGCAGUUGGAUGUGGCUGUCUUGUAGUGCCUUCUUUCAACAGUUUUUCCACUGCUACUGUCCUGUUGGUUUCGGAAGAAGAACUAACCCAACAGGAGACUACAUCAGGCGUUACAUCCCCAUCUUAAAGGACUACCCAAAUCGCUACAUCUAUGAGCCCUGGAACGCGCCAGAGUCAGUCCAGAAGGCGGCAAACUGUGUGGUGGGAGUGGACUAUCCCAAACCAAUGAUCAACCACGCCGAGAGCAGCAGACUCAACAUUGAGAGGAUGAAACAAGUUUACCAGCAACUGUCACAUUACAGAGGACUCAGUCUGCUUGCAUCAGUACCAACGAUCCAGGAGGAGGCAGAGCCACUAAUGACCGAUGAGUCCCAGACCAGCAGUGGCCCUGACUCUCCCUCCGUAGUUCACGACAAAGCAACUGGCUGCGUUGCAGCUCCUGAUUCAUCCACAGUCUGUACAUCUUCCCACACUGUUUUAAACCCCGAACUGGAGAGCGAUGAAAUGAGAUGCUUAUCCCAAACACCCGUCAACUGUUCAGAUUCACAAAUGCACCCCUCCGCAACCAUAACAUCAACAUGUGCAGACCACUCAGCAGGUGUAGAGUCUCCCUCUUCACUAGUGCCCCCACCGGCCCAGAGCCCCUUAGCAAGGUCCCAGACGUGCACGCCUUCCUUAGUGUGUUCCACAUUGCCACCUUCUCCUAGUCCAGCUACAGCCCAAACCCAGACAUCUUCUUUCGGACCAAGAAGAAAAAGCUUUACCCGUAAGGUACGCCGUGGUCAGAGGCAACGAGGACGACAUAGCUGCCAUGCAGUAGCCAGAGAGGGAGAGAGGAGAGGUGAGGAGGAAGAGACGGAGCCAGGAGAAGAGAACGAAAAGAUGGAAGAAAGUGUUGAGAUGGAAGAAGAGAGAAUGGAAGAGGAAACUUACGCAGGACAUUAACAGUCGUACACCGUACAUUAAAAGCUUCAUUGCUUUUCGAAACAUGUCAAAACAGAGUGAUAAAACACAUUAUUGCAUUUUGAAGAUUCAGCUCCAAAUACUAAUUUCUCUGUAUUUUUGUUUGUUGUUGCUUAAAAUCAACAUUUUGCCAACAUCUCAGUAGCGCAAAUAGUCCACAAACCCACAUUUCAUUUUCUCUCUUCUGUUUUGUAUCGUUACGGGUAAAUAGCAUCUUACAUCUGUUCUGGAAAACUGGACAAAUAGACUGAAUGAGGUGUUUCGAAAAAUACACACUCACCAGAGGUACCAAUGCAAAAUCUGAUUAGAUCGAAUGACUUUAAAAUUUUCUUCACUAGCAAAAUGUCAGUUUUGAUUGACACUGAUAUUGUGUUUACUCCAUGAAUUAACAACAUGAAUAACAAUUGCAGUUGUUCAGAACUUAACAAUCAAAAUCUUAUUCAUGCUCCUCAAGGUAUGAUGCAAUUGUACACAAUGUCAAACCUAAACCUUAAAAAUAAACCAAGCCUCAUCUUUGAAAGGGCAUCUUUACUGAAACACUUCCUGUAGUAGAUCUCUUUAAAUUCUGCAGGUGUGCCAAAUUCAGAGUCUGGUGAGUCUGUAUUUACAGUGUCUUCUAAGUUGAAGCAGUCCCACGGCAUUUUACUUGA